AUCUCCCUCCCUUCCCCCCACCUCCCCAACAAGCGACACUGCCAAGCGCCGGCCGCGAGCAAGCAGAACACCAACAGCGUACAGCCCCUGAACGCGAAAACUGCACGACUACUUAUCAGAUAAGGCGGGGACGACGAGCCACGCGUCGACCACCCAAACCAACGCCAUUCACCAUGUCCGCCAACGAGCAAGAUCAGCCCGCUGCCGAGGCCCAGCCGGAGCCCACAUCCCUCCUGUCCCUCCCACCUGAGGUCCUUGUUGACGUACUGCUCCCCAACCUCGGCCUGCAGGACCUCAACUCGCUCGGUCUUGUCAAUAAGGAGCUCCAUGCGCUCACGAACGACCCCGUGCUCUGGCGUGUCAAGACAGCCCGCGACUUCUCGUACCGUGCCGAGGCGCUCUCCCUCGCCGCGCCAAAGCGGAGCGGGGCGCCCACCGAGGCCACCUCAGACUGGUUCAAGCGCGUGUACGUUGGCCUGCGCCGGCCGCGCGUCUACGUCUGGGGCGAGAACUCGAACUCGCGCCUCGGCGACCUGAACCACGCGCCGGAGCGCACCAACCGCUGGGCGCGGUACGUCGACACGCCGAUGGACAUCACGGACACGUUUGAGCCCGGACACCGCGGGCGGCAGUGGGGCGCGCGCCAGGCCGAGCUCGACGAGCGCCUCUCGCGCCACUCGCCGCCCCGCAGCCCGGCCCACUCGCGCUCGUCGACCCCCGGAUCAGACCACAGCCCCGACCGCCGCCCACGCCCCGUUCGCCUCAUCGACCUCCAGGCGGGCGGCUGGAGCUUUGCGGCGCGCGACAUCCGCGGCGGUGUCUGGGUGUGGGGUCAGCUCAACGGACAGGGCAAUGGGCGUUUCAUGGGAGCGCAGAGCUGGGAGAAUGAGUACUACGAGGUGUCGGAACCGGCACGCAUCCCCCUGCCGUGCCGUGCCGAAGCCAUCGCCCAGGGCCGCAACCACCUUCUCGUGCUCGACACGGACAACCUGAUCUGGGAGCUUCUCGCGUGGGGCAAGGCAUACCACCACACUGCUCCCGCCCUUACUGCGCCUUCGCAGACUGGCGCGUCCGCACCAGGGCGCCAGCCGCAUAUUGUCCAGGUGGCAGCGGGGUGGGCUCAUUCUGCUGCGCUCACGUCGAGUGGCGACGUCAACGUCUGGUUCCCGUUCACACACGAGUACGAGAGCGUGUGCACGCCUCAAAACGAGCUUCACGGGCCGCUGGGCGUCGACGAGGACGACCUCAGCCGCGCGCUGCGAUGGGGCACAGUCGGCGACGUCGUCUUGACUCUUCCUCCCAUCCCCGAACGGCCCCGCUGGUCGCCGGAGGACGACCGGGUGGUGCCUGGCCGCGAACCCGUACCGGAUGAUGACCACAAGCUCCGUAGCGAGCUCGAGGACAGAUGGGAUCAGUGGGAGGCGGCACAGAGCGAUAAGGCGCUCGCGGCCGCCCAGCGCGUCGUCAAGAUUUCCUGCGGACACAACUUCCUCCUCGCGCUCAAGGGCAGCGGCGAAGUGUGGAUUAUCCAGACGACGCCCGAAGGCAUCGCGUCUGCGCGAUGGCUUUACCUCCCGUUCUUCUCCUCGCCGUCAAUCAACCACAUCACGGCGCAGCACGAGACGAUCGCCUCGUACUCUACCCCAAGCGACGCGUCCGCCACGUCUGCCGUGCUCGUGGCCAGACUCGAGAACUUCACGCCAGCCACGCCUCACACACUCCGCCCCGUCAGCCUCCCAGCACUGGACGGCAAGGCCGUCAUCCAGGUGGUCGCCGGCGACUGGCACUACGCGGCGCUGACGGCCCAAGGCGAGCUGUACACGUGGGGCGAGGGCGGGAGGGGCCAGCUGGGCCUCGGCGAGGUGGGCCUCAACGGCGGCCAACCAACGCCCCUGCGCGUCCAGUUCCCCAAGGACGGCGAGCGCGACGCGUUCGUCUUCGCCAUCACCGCGGCGGGGAUGCACACUGGCGCCCUCGUGCUCGGGGGCAAGAAGCGCGUCGCGGGCCCCGAGCCCAUCGUCGCUGGUGCCGGCUGGCCGUCCAACGCGCAGGCCGAGGGCGUCGACCCCGGCGUUGCCGGGCGCGGGAGAUUCGACCACAUGUUCCGCAUUGGCUUUGCGGGCCGCGGGAUGCGCUACGGCGGCGGCGGCUUCAGUGGCCGCGGGUUUGGCGGCGGCGGGCCCCUCGCCCCCGGCGGCCAGUGAUGACAACAUUGAUGACGAGCUACCAUACGAUCC